UCCACAUUCCUGCAGUGCAAUACUGAAGUACUGUAACAGUCACCUGUCCUACCUGAGCUCACCUGUCCUACCUGCACCGAUCAGGGACCCGUCUGACCUCACAGCACCAUGUUCACCAGGAACGUUGUUCUUCUGUUCUCUCUGCUGGUUCUGCUGGUGGAAGGAGACCUCGACUCCAAUGAUGCUGGAAUACAAGCCAUGUCCACAGAUAAAGAUUCAACGUCUGACGAGGCUCCUACAGAGAGCAUGAACGCUGUUUCUCCUGAUCAACCUGAUGAACCUCAGUUUUAUGGAGCAGUAGCAGACACCAGCAGCUCCAGUUCAGAGGCAGCAGCUCCAGAAGCCAAUCAGGUGACAGCACCUGAGCCUCCUGCAGCUGCUGCUAAUAGUGUGGAGGAAGAAGAUGAGGAUGACGCCGUCGACUCUGACGAAGGCGGGAAGAAGAAGUUCAGGUCUCGCUCAGCUAAGCCUCAGAGCCCCGCCCACGUUGUCCAAAGCCCCGCCCACAUCGUCCAAAGCCCCGCCCUCCCGCCGCAACCUGUCAUCCCUCAACCCAAAGCAGUGGUGGUGAGAAGGACGUCCAAGAGGAGGUCCAGGACCAACAGGCGCCAGAUCUAACACAACACACACAACAAACACACACACUCAGACACACAACAUGUAAUCUAUCACACGUCUGAUCACGCACAGACACACAAACACACAGCAGGUUCAUGUUCUGACUCACAACCAACACAGCUGUUUGUGUCCAGGAGCCACAUUCAACACAACUUUAUUCAUACUGUUUGUCAAUCAAUCAGCUGAUCUGAGACCAAACAGGAAAAGUCAAGAUUUCAACAUGGUGUUUCUGGUAUAAAUGUGUUUGUUUCUGGUAUAAACAUGUUUGUUUCUGGUAUAAAUAUAUUUGUUUCUGGUAUAAACAUGUUUGUUUCUGGUAUAAAUAUGUUUGUUUCUGGUAUAAAUGUGUUUGUUUCUGGUAUAAAUAUAUUUGUUUCUGGUAUAAACAUGUUUGUUUCUGGUAUAAAUAUGUUUGUUUCUGGUAUAAAUGUGUUUGUUUCUGGUAUAAACAUGUUUGUUUCUGGUAUAAAUAUGUUUGUUUCUGGUAUAAAUGUGUUUGUUUCUGGUAUAAGCGUGUUUGUUUCUUGUAUAAACGUGUUUGUUUCUGGUAUAAAUGUGUUUGUUUCUGGUAUAAAUAUGUUUGUUUCUGGUAUAAAUGUGUUUGUUUCUGGUAUAAAUGUGUUUGUUUCUGGUAUAAAUAUGUCUGUUUCUGGUAUAAAUGUGUGUUUUCUGGUAUAAAUAUGUGUUUUCUGGUAUAAAUGUGCUUGUUUCUGGUUUAAAUGUCUUUGUUUCUGGUAUAAAUGCAUGUUUUCUGGUAUACAUGUGUUUGUUUCUGGUAUAAAUGCGUGUUUUCUGGUAUAAAUGUGUUUGUUUCUGGUACAAAUGUCUGUUUCUGGUAUAAAUGUGUGUUUUCUGGUAUACAUGUGUUUGUUUCUGGUAUAAAUGUGCUUGUUUCUGGUUUAAAUGUCUUUGUUUCUGGUAUAAAUGCGUGUUUUCUGGUAUACAUGUGUUUGUUUCUGGUACAAAUGUCUGUUUCUGGUAUAAAUGUGUGUUUUCUGGUAUACAUGUGUUUGUUUCUGGUAUAAAUGUGCUUGUUUCUGGUUUAAAUGUCUUUGUUUCUGGUAUAAAUGCGUGUUUUCUGGUAUACAUGUGUUUGUUUCUGGUAUAAAUGCGUUUUUUCUGGUAUAAAUGUGUUUGUUUCUGGUACAAAUGUCUGUUUCUGGUAUAAAUGUGUGUUUUCUGGUAUACAUGUGUUUGUUUCUGGUAUAAAUGUGCUUGUUUCUGGUUUAAAUGUCUUUGUUUCUGGUAUAAAUGCGUGUUUUCUGGUAUACAUGUGUUUGUUUCUGGUAUAAAUGUGUGUGUUUCUGGUGUGCAUGUGUGUUUUGUGUAUGAAUGUGGCUCCUGGACUUCAGCUGACUUCAGUAUUUCAGCUGCUCAGUUCAUCAUUUUUCUGUGUUUUACUUUGAUUUAUUCGGUUUGAAAUGUCUUCUGUUUGUUCUGUUAUCUGAUGUUAAUAAAGUUAAACUGAACAUGA